UCAAUACACCGUUAGCAUUGGUGAGUCAACAUAUUAAAUUGUACAAGAAUUCUACACAUCAACUUUAAGCAAUGGUUCAGUCUUGUGUAGUUGUGGGCUGUACUAACAGGUGGGAAAAGGGUUCCAAGGUUUCUUGGCAUAGAAUUCCCAACGAAAAUAACCCAGUGCGAAGAAAACAAUGGUUAUCGGCCAUCAACAGGAAAAACUGGAAUCCAAAUAGCCAGGAUCGUGUGUGUGGAAAACACUUCGUGUCAGGAAGUGCAAGCCAGAUUCCCGAGGACCCAGAUUAUGCACCAUCACUGUACUUGGGUUAUCCGACCCACAGAUCUUCAACUCCAAAUGUAAAACUGAACCGCUUUGUCAGGUCCAGAGCCAGGCAGUCGCUGAAGUUGGACCGGGAGCAAGAUGAAAACAAUAGACAGAGAGCUGCAUCAAUCUUGAUUGAUUUGUCCUUUUCCAUGAACUGUACAAAUGUAGAUGCAGACACUGAAUCUGACCUCACUCCACCUAGGGGAUGUUUAGAUCCAGAUGACAGCAGAUGCAUGGAGGAGCUUGAGCAAAUGAAAUCAGAGAAACAGUCAUUGCUGCAGGAACUAGGUCAUCUUCAGGAUGAGAAGCGACGCCUAUAGAAAAGGGUCAAAGAUAAAACUUUUGGUGCUGAAUUU